GUAUAACAUCACAAUUCAAGCAUCCAUCUUCUCUUCGGUUUACUAAUAAAACAAUAAACCCCAACGAGAGGAGUUACCUCGUUGUGACCAAUAGCGUCUUUCCUUUUUUCCUUUCUACAAUUAUUUUGUUGGAAAGAGGGAAAGAAUAUUAUCACAUACCAAAAAAAAAAGAGAAAAUUUAUAAAAGAAAAGCAUAUAAAAGAAAAAAAUCUAAAAGAUGGGGGGAAAAAUAAUGAUUUCGUUAAUAUCGUUGAUUCUUCUAGUUGGUGUGAUAGUGGGAAUUGUGGUGAUUGUGAACAAAGAUGGGAACAGCAAAGAUGAUAAAAGCAUCAAAGUCCAAAUGAAGAAAGUGCAUGAGUUCUGUCAGGCCACUGAAUUCCAAGAUGCAUGUGCCAAAUCACUCCAAGGAGUUGCCAAAAACGAGUCCGCUACUGUACAGGACUACAUUAUUGCUGCCUUCCAGAACACUCUGGAUGCAUUGAAAAAGGGUCUGAACGAGACUGGAAAAACUUCUGUUGACAAAAAAAGCGACCCUUAUAAUUAUAUGGCGGUGGAUGAUUGCAAGAAGCUCGUGCAAUUUGCUAUCGAGGAGCUCGACGACUCGCUCAACAUUGUUGCUGAAACCGAUACCCAGUCACUCCACAAGUAUACCUACGAUCUGUUGAAUUGGCUUUCAGGGGUCUACGCCUACCAAAGCAUAUGCAUUGAUGCCAUCGAAAAGCCAGAGUACAAAUCUGCUAUCGGAAACGGCCUGAUGAACGCCACUCAGCUCACCAGCAAUGCCUUACACAUCGUAGCAGAGAUGUCUAGCUUGUUGAAAGCCUUCAACAUUCAAAUCCCCGAAGAUCACCACGAUAACGACAGCUCUCCUCACCGCCGUCUCCUUGAUUUCAACAAGGUGGACCAGGACGGUUACCCAACAUGGUUCCCCGCUGCUGAUCGCAAGCUAUUGGGGAAAUCCAAAGAAGGAAAAGGAAAGGGAGGAAAAGGUGGUGAUGCUGGUCCCCCACUACCCCCAGUCGGAUCAGGCCCAUUAACUCCUAACGCAGUCGUUGCCAAGGAUGGAAGCGGCAAAUUUAAGACCGUUAGCGAUGCUGUCAAGGCUUACCCACCAAAUCAUCAAGGCAGAUACAUUAUCUACAUCAAGGCUGGUGUUUACAACGAACAGGUCCUUGUCGACAAAGCACAACCAAACGUCUUCAUGUAUGGUGACGGCGCAGGGAAAACCAUCAUCACCUGUGACAAAAAUUUUGGAAAAAUGAAAAUAACCACCAUGAAUACUGCUACAGUCGGUGUAAACAGCGCGGAGUUCAUAGCCAAGGGAAUUACGUUCCGCAACACUGCUGGUCCAGUAGGGGAACAAGCAGUGGCACUUAGGAUCUCAGGAGAUAAGGGGGCAGUAUUCGACUGCAGCAUAGAGGGAUUCCAAGACACCUUGUACUACCAAACAUACAGGCAAUUCUACCGCAACUGUGUCAUAUCUGGUACCUUGGAUUUCAUAUUCGGGAGGGGCACUGCUGUGAUCCAGAACAGUGAGAUCAUUUUGAGGAGGCCUCAAAGACUCAAUAGUCAGAACACCAUCACAGCUGAUGGCAAGGAGCAAGAUGUCGGAAUCACUGGAGUGGUAGUGCAGAAUUGCAAGAUCGUAGCAGAACAAUCAUACUUUGCAGAUAGGUUCAAAUAUGAAAAUUACUUAACGCGUCCAUGGAAGAAAUUCUCCACCAAUAUUUUCAUGGAGAACGAGAUCGGUGAUCUUAUUAGGCCCGAGGGAUUUAUGAAAUGGCCAGACAAAGAUUACGAAAAUACAUGCUUUAUCUAUGAGUAUGCCAACAGAGGACCUGGUGCUAACACUAACCGAAGGAGCAAAAUCUUCAAGAAUUACAAGGUCCUUAGUCCACAGGAAGCUACUAAAUACACUGUUGGAACUUUCCUUAGUGCUAAUGAAUGGUUGCCUAGAACAAGUGCACCUUUCUACCUUGGUCUUGGUGGAAAAUAAAUCACAACAAGAAACAAACAAACAUCAUAUUUCAUUCAUCAUUGUACCACCUACUUCUCAACCCUAGCCCCCCUCUAUCUAACCAUGCAAUUUUUGCAUGGGGAUGUUUUUUUUGUUUUGUUUUUUUUUUUUUUGGAGAAGCUAGCAUCUUUUUAUUUAAAAAAUUAGGAAUAAUAUAUAUUUAUGAUAGACACAAUAGAAUUCAUUUCUAUGUAUGUAACGAAUUCAUUGAUUAUAAGACAUGAAAAUUCCAAUGUUA